CAAUCGUUAAAGACUGCUAAAGUUAAAAAAAAAUAAUGAUAUCAAUAACUCUGAAUCGUUAAUUCAAACAAUGGUAAGAGAUCUUAAACUUUUCUUACACCUCAUCAAGAGUGCGGAUUCAAACUGAAACAAUUUUUUUAGAUAAAAAAUAAUGUUGAAGUAUUAGGAUGCAUACUUAUUGUAUUAACACGAGAGGAUAACAAUACGAAAGAAUGAUAUCCGCGCCAAAAAAAAUUCUAAUCAAUCGGCCAUUGCGUUUUACGAAAUAUGUGCGGCGACAGCGGCGUCGUCUUGAGCAGACAGCAGCGCAAAUGCAAACUCGUUCUGUUGAUUUGAUUUAUGACGAGUUGACGAGUGUUUACGUUAACGCAAGUGUAGCUGUAUUGUAAAAAUAUUGUAAAAUAUACGAGAGCAUUUGUCGUCAAUUUCUGUCUUUGAAUUAUUAGAAUUUAUUCGGUGAGCACAAAAAAGAAACUAUGUUAAUCGCAAUAAAAGAAAUAACCAAAUUUCCUUGAUCGCGUUCAGUUUUGAGGUUACCUUACUUCUUAAAUCGUCAUUUUUUCAAUCAAUUAUCAAUAAAACAAGUACACCGCACUAACUAAGCGUAAAAAUGGCUGUAGUUAUCGAAACUACUAUAGGUGAUUUUACAGUUGACCUUUACACUGAGGAGCGGCCACAAACCUGCCGCAACUUUUUGAAACUAUGCAAAAUCAAAUAUUACAACUGGAACCUAUUCUUUACUGUGCAAAGCAAUUUCAUAGCACAGACAGGAGAUCCUUCAGCUACUGGAGAGGGUGGAAUGAGUAUUUAUGGUGUGGUUUUAGGAGAAAAAGCACGCUUUUAUGAAGCUGAAAAGUUGCCAAAAUUGAAACACGAUAAAGUUGGCUUAAUCUCAAUGGUGAAUUGUGGCGACAACAUGUUAGGUUCACAGUUUUUUAUUACAUUGGCUCCAGAUCUGCAGUCGCUCGAUGGAGAACACUGCGUGUUUGGAGAGAUAACUGAGGGUCUUGAGAUUAUUUUAAAAUUUAACGAGACAAUCUGCGACACGGAUCACAGACCUUAUCAGGAUGUUAGGAUAUCGCAUACAGUGAUUUUAGAGGAUCCAUAUGAUGAUCCAAAAGACUUGAGGAUACCAGACAGGAGCCCGUCACCAACUAAAGAAGCUUUAAUGAGUGAUCGUAUUGGAGCGGAUGAGAUAAUCGACGACACUGCAGGAAUGACGGAAGCAGAAGUCAUUGAAAUGCAAAAAGAAAAAGAAGCCAAAGCUAGAGCAACGAUUCUGGAGAUAGUUGGUGAUAUUCCAGAUGCUGACAUGGCCCCACCAGAAAAUGUCCUUUUUGUUUGUAAAUUGAACCCAGUAACAAGUGAUGACGAUCUUGAGAUAAUUUUCAGUAGAUUUGGAAAAAUUGUUAGCUGUGAAGUCAUCAGGGACAAACAAACCGGAGAUUCCUUGCAGUACGCAUUUAUAGAAUUUUCUGAUCGAAAAAGUUGUGAAGAUGCGUAUUUUAAGAUGGAUAACGUACUGAUCGAUGACCGCCGAAUUCACGUUGACUUCUCACAGUCCGUGGCUAAAAUGCGAUGGCGCGGAAAAGGCAAAGGUAUCAUUUAUUAUGAUGAUAAUGGUAAAAUAAAUAAAGAUGAAAUGCCAAAUGAUAGAAGAAACAAGAAAGUUAGGCAGCGUAGCAGAUCGCGAAGCCCAAGAAAAGAUCGGUAUGAAAAUAGAAAAGAUCGAGAUGAAAAUAGAGGAAGGUAUGAUUCGAAAAAAGACUAUAAACGACGUCAAGAAUCUUAUAGAAAUGAGGAUGAUAGAAGACGUGGAGUUAGGGAAGAAAAACAGAGUAAGAAAAGACUAGAUAGGAGUAGAAGCAAAGAAAAGAGAGAAAAGAGUAGGGAAAGAGUUAGGGAAAGACGAGAAAUAAAAGACAUUUGUAAAGACAGAAGAGACAAAAGUAAAGAUAAGAAAGAUAGAAAACGCGAUUCGCGAAACUCGAGAGAUGAAAAGCACAAAAAAAAACUUAGAGAUAGCUCGUCUUCUUCGGAGGAAGAGCGAAAUGAUAGACAUUCAGGAAAACGUCGAAAGUCGAAAGAGAGAUCAGAGGAAAAAUACAGUAGUAAACGACGACACAAGCAUAGAAGCUAAUAGAUUUUUUAUAUAAUUUUUUUAAUAUAGGUGUGGGUAUGAAUGAACGUAAUGAAUGCUAGCUUUAAUAAUAGAAGAAAAAAAAAACUAAAUUUUGUAUGAUUUCAUAAAUUGUACAUUAAAACGCGAAUGUUUUUAACUGUAUAAGUGUGAUGGUAAGUUUAUUUACAAUACAUAGAGUACAAAAUAAAAAAAUGUUUACAAUCUUGCAUUAAA